AUGGAGAGGUUCACCCAGUUUCGGGAUCGAGGGUCAGGUAUCGCUCCUUUCCUCCCUGUUCCGUCACAACCACUCGGGUUUCAGCUCCCUCUACGCGUCGUCCUCUUCCUCUUGCGUCUGCCGCUUUUCGUCUUCGUGUGCGUCAGCUACUUCCUCGUCCUACAAUGGCUUCCGAUCGGUUCGCUUGGCAAGAAAGCUUCUCUGUGGUGCAUCCUCGGAGUCCCCAGUAUAUGGUGGAUUGAUCUUCAAGUGGACGGUGUGAGAAAGGGGUCCCUAUCGAAGCAACACCAGGCUCGUAUCCCCGGUCCCGGGUCCGUCAUUGCUUCUUCAUUCACCUCCCCAAUCGAUGCUGUAUAUCUGGCUGCUAUUUUCGACCCUAUCUUCACCGCCUCGUAUCCCAACUCCCGCCAGGUGGAGCACAUCUCUCUCCUCCAGGCCAUUUUGCGCACAUUCGCCCCACCCCGCACGACGCCGUCUCUAGGCACGCGUCUGGUUGACAUUGCAACCCUCGUGGAGAGAUACCCUAGUCGGCCUAUUGUCACGUUUCCCGAGUGCACUACCACCAAUGGCCGGGGCAUUCUACCUAUAAGUCAAGCGCUGCUAAGCGCUUCCCCGACAACUAAGAUUUUCCCCGUGAGUCUGCGUUAUACACCGGUAGACGUAGUGACUCCUCUCCCGGGCUGCUAUUUGAGCUUUCUCUGGACUCUGCUGAGCAAGCCUACUCACUGUAUUCGAGUCCGUAUUGCGGAGGGUGUGAAUAGGAGCAGUAUUGGUUCUGAUGCGUCGUCUACGUCUACCAGCAAGUUCACCUAUGACACCAAUUACUUGGAUACUUUGGAUAAGAGCACCGAUGGCUCUGAAGAGUUAGGGGUGUCUCCGGGCGAGAAAGACCUUCUAGAUCAUGUGGGAGACUCGUUGGCUCGGCUAGGGAGGGUCAAGCGAGUAGGUCUAGGAGUACAGGAGAAGAAGGAUUUUGUUCGCAUGUGGACGAGAACACGACGGAUAUGGUAA